UUCCAAAUCUAGCCGUUGCAGCCCCGUUUCACUCACCCCCACCCGCUCCGCUCGUUUGAGUUCUUCGUCCUCUUCCUCGUCCACUGCGCCGCUCUGAAUCUCCCUCGACGACGCUCACCCCUGCCAGCUGCGCCGCUCUGAUUCUCCCUCGAGGGCGCUAAACACGGCCGGCUGCGCCCGCUCCGCCCCUUCCUCGCCGGCAGUGCUCUCCCCAGCCGUUCUAAGCUCCUUCUUGCUGCAGUUUGGACCGAAGGGCCCUCUAGUUUAUAACAUUCAACCAAGGGUUAAGAGAAAUGGGUGCAUCAAGACAUCCAAGCACACCUGCAUCAAAGAUUGAACGCACACCUAGCGUUACCCCUGGUAGCAGCUCCAGGUCCAAGGAGGAGAAGAUAUCAAGCACACCUGCAUCAAAGAUUGAACGCACACCUAGCGUUACCCCUGGUGGCAGCUCCAGGGCCAAGGAGGAGAAGAUAUUUGUCACAGUUAGGGUGCGACCAUUGAGCAAGAAGGAGCUGGCUGUGAAUGACCAGGUUGCUUGGGAAUGCGCUGAUAGCCAGACAAUUUUGUACAAGGGGCCCCCACAGGACCGUGCUGCACCCAACUCUUACACUUUUGAUAAGGUGUUUGGGCCGGGUUGUCAGACUGAUUUGGUUUAUGAAGAUGGAGCUAAGGAUGUUGCUAUGUCUGCUAUGACAGGCAUUAAUGCCACUAUCUUUGCUUAUGGUCAGACUAGCAGUGGCAAGACAUUUACCAUAAGAGGAGUGACAGAAAGUGCUGUUAGUGAUAUUUACAGGCACAUUGAAAAUACCCCUGAGCGGGAAUUUAUUAUCAAGAUAUCUGCUAUGGAAAUUUACAAUGAGGUUGUGAAGGAUCUUCUACAACCUGACUCUGGCCCCCUUCGCCUGCUAGAUGAUCCCGAAAAAGGAACCAUCGUGGAUAAGCUGGAUGAAAAAAUCGCCGAGGAUAGACAACAUCUGAGGCAUCUAAUCAGCAUUUGUGAAGAACAAAGACAGGUUGGGGAAACUGCACUAAAUGAGGCCAGUUCACGUUCCCACCAAAUCAUUAGGCUGACAGUGGAGAGUAGGCUCCGUGAAGUGUCAGAUUGCGUUAAAUCUUUUGUUGCUAGCCUUAAUUUUGUUGACCUUGCUGGAAGUGAACGAGCUGCACAGACACAUGCAAUUGGUGCAAGAUUGAAAGAAGGCUGCCAUAUAAAUCGCAGUUUGUUGACUUUGACUACUGUCAUCCGAAAGCUGAGCUCAGAGAAAAGAAGUGGACACAUACCCUAUCGAGAUUCAAAGCUCACUCGUAUUUUGCAACUUUCUUUGGGUGGGAAUGCAAGAACAGCAAUCAUCUGUACUAUGAGCCCAGCACUGGCACACGUAGAACAAUCUAGAAAUACUUUAUUCUUUGCAGCAUGUGCCAAGGAGGUCACAAAUACUGCAAAAGUUAAUAUGGUUAUAUCUGAUAAGAAACUUGUGAAGCACCUUCAGACGGAAGUUGCCAGGCUAGAAGCAGCACUAAGGACCCCCGACCGUGGCUCCUCUUCUGAUACCCUCGUGAUGGAGAAGGACAGGAAGAUUAGACAAAUGGAAAUAGAAUUGGAAGAACUCAAGAAAGAACGAGAUAAUGCAUGUUCACAACUUGAAGAACUAAGGAAGAAGACCGGUGAUAACCAACAAGGGUGGAAUCCCUUUGACUCACCUCAAAAGGUCCGAAAGUGCCUCACAUUUUCUGGGUCACUACAGCCUAGUAACAAGAUCAACAUAAGAAGUUCAAUUAGGCAAUCAUCCACUGCUCCAUUUAUGCUAAAACAUGAAAUUCGCAAGCUUGAGCAGCUACAGCAACAACUUGAGGUUGAAGCCAACCGAGCUAUUGAAGUAUUGCACAAGGAGGUUGAAUGCCACAAACAUGGCAACCAAGACGCAGCAGAAACUAUUGCUAAACUUCAGGCAGAAAUCAGGGAGAUGCAAUCUGUUAGAUCUGAGAACAGAGAUAUUGAGAUGGUUACAGAUGAAGGGAACGGGGCUAGUUUGAAAGACGAAAUUUCUAGACUAAAUCUGCAAAACAAUGAUAUUGCCAAACUUGAGGCGAAGCUAGAAAAUGUACAGAAGUCUAUUGAUACAUUGGUGAUGUCACUUCCAAAUCUUGGCACACAGUGUAACGGAACUGCCACAAAGUCCAAUGUAUCAAAAAAGAAGAGGAGGAUGCUUCUUCCACUGGGUGUGGGCAACAUAAACAGACGAAAUCUAAUAAGAGCACCUUGCUCGCCUUCGGAGUCAGAAGUUGAGAACAGGGCUCCAGAGGGUGGCACUGUGUCUCAUCAGGAUUCAGAAAAGGCUACUCCCACCAAGAGUGGAGAUACUGGAGACGUAUCAUCACGUGACGAAACGCCACGCUAUAGGAGAUCCAGCUCAGUGAACAUGAAAAAGAUGCAGAGGAUGUUCCAAAAUGCUGCUGAAGAAAAUGUGAGGAACAUCAGGGAUUAUGUCACUGAGCUGAAGGAGAGAGUUGCGAAACUUCAGUACCAAAAGCAGCUGCUUGUCUGCCAGGUUUUGGAAUUGGAAUCAGAUGAAGGCAAACAAAAUGGCAUCGAACAAGAUCCAGAGGAAAAUGUUGGAGAUUGUCCUGAAUCUUGGGAGAGAUUGUUUAAGGCGCAGAUGCAGCACAUUAUCCUUCUGUGGGGUCUCUGUCAUGUAUCCAUUAUACACAGGACCCAAUUCUACCUGCUAUUCAAGGGGGAUACGGCUGAUCAGAUAUAUAUCGAAGUUGAAGUCCGUAGAUUGUUAUGGUUGCAACAGCAUUUGGAUGAGGUCGGUGAUGAUGCUCAUGACGAUGACCUUGCAGUUUCUCGAGCCUCAAGCAUCAAGGCCUUGAGGAGCGAGCGGGAAUUCCUUGCGAGAAGGAUGGGUUCAAGGAUGACGGAAGAAGAGCGGGAGCGCCUCUUCAUCAAAUGGCAGGUCCCCCUCGAGGCAAAGCAACGGAAGCUGCAGCUCGUGAACAAGCUCUGGACAGACCCCAGUAAUGAAGUGCAUGUCGAGGAGAGUGCCGACAUAGUGGCCCGACUGGUCGGUUUCUGCGAGGGUGGCAAUGUCAGCAAGGAGAUGUUUGAGCUCAAUUUCACGGUGCCGGCGAGCAGGAAGCCCUGGCUGACGGGCUGGCACCCAAUUUCUAACAUGAUCAAAGAGAAGGCUCAACUUUGGACCUGAUGACCAGUUCUUGUUGCUUGUUGGCGUGUGGAGGGUAGUGUGGACUGGAUACUGAAGUUCUGGAAAGAUUAUGACCAAUAUCUGUUCGUGGGAUGUUGUAUUGUUGUAAUGGAGCCGACGAGGAGGACUGUGUGCCCGCGAUGUUCCCGGUCGACUCGAGUACGGCGACUGGCGACCAGCUGGGAGAAAGACAAAGUGGAGCUCGUGGCCACGGACUGUCGGGCGUGGUGCUCUUACAGAACAUGGAGCUCGUGGCUACCUUAUAUUAGUGUCCUGUUCUAUCUAUGGACUCGUGUGAUUUGUCUGACCACACAUUUUUGUAUCUCGCUUUUAAGCUCUAGGCAAUAGAAUGUCUGUGGAUCAGUCCACGUGCAAACAGUUGCAUAUCUCAGCCGGCAUCGAGAGCGGUCCAACAAGGAAAAAUUAGAUAUCUGGGAAGGGACCUUAUUCAUAUAUUAGUAUAUCCAACCCUCCCCAAAUGCUGAAA